AUGUUGUGUUGGGAUGAAGUGUUUGAGGAAUUGGUGUUUAGAUAUGUUGGGGGUUUAUGGGUGAUGGUGGAGUUCAUUUCUAAAGAAUCUUGUAAGAAUUUUUUGGCUAAUAAAUCUCUUGAUCCUUGGUUAUUGGAUAAAUGCCCUUGGGAUAGAAAUAUCGUUCCUACAGAUCAGUUGGUUUGGCUAGAUGUAGAAGGACUACCUUUAUGUGUUUGGAGUAAAGGAGUUUUUCAUAAGAUUGUUGAGAAAUGGGGUUCGAUUGCUCAUAUUGAUGAUGACCUUGGAGAAGAUGUAUACAAGAAACGGUUGUGUGUUUUGAAUUCUUGUCAAGACAUUAUUUCGGAGGUUGUGAAGGUGUGGUUGGAUGAUAUGUCGUUUAAUGUUCGGAUCAAGGAAGCCCCGGUUGAAAUCCUUCAUUUUCAUCCGAAGAAUCUAAAUUUGAAUUUGAUGAUAGAGAUGGUUGUGACUUAUUUGAAAAUAAAGAAAGUGUUCAUGUUGGUCAUGAAAAUGAGGAAAAAAGUCAAAGAAUGUUUGGGUGACAACCAAUUGCACAUUGGGAAUUUUCUACAUGUUAAGAAGAGUGUUGACCAUGCAAAUAAGAAAAACCACAUCAUUGUUCAAAACAGCAUUGUUCCGAUGACAACAACCCCCUUUGAUGCUAUUAUUGUUCACAAAGUGUAG